CCGACCUCCUCUCUUUCCUCUCUCUCGCACGCUGCGUCCGUCCCAGUGUCUCACCAGGAAACUUGAUAAUUGUACGGAUAUUCCACAUACAAUAUCGACUUGGCUUCCACCUCUCUCUCUCUUUUCCAAUCUUCCAUUUCUCUCAUUCAUCUUUUCUCAGCUCCUCAGGUGAAUCAACAGGACACGCUUUAGUAGCGAUAAACGAGCUGCGGCCCCGCGCCAGCUUCAACCAGCGUGAAAUCCCUUCACGUGUUCCAACCGAUUCCUCCGAAGACCACCUCAAGACCACUACAGAGUACAUGAGCAGCGUAGCAUGACUUGACGACGUGCCCUCUGCCUUUUGGAUACACAUUGACCAUGGGAGGGUCUGACGGUUCUCAGCAGAUCCUCUUCGAAACAGGGUCCUUCACCGGAUACCGCCCAUAUCAAGACCUUGGUAGCCAUUACCUCUCGGCCAACCGAACCUUCAAGCAGCCGCUAUGUGGUGACGUUGAGGGAUGGGGUCCCCUGAGCUCCUUCCGAUAUGACUUCACUCCCUGCUUUAUCGAUGUUUGGAUAGCCAUCGUCGCCGCUUUCGGUAUUAUCUUUGGAUCCGUGGCCAUCGUCUGGUUGCUCCGCAAGGGAAAGCCAUUAGCUGCUCACAAGGGCUGGCACUUCUGGACUAAGCAGUCUCUGCUUGCCUUCAUUAUCGCCGACUUCGCCGUCCAACUCGCCAUCCAGAUUGUCAACUAUCCGAAGAUUUGGUACGGAGACGUCCGCGUCUGGACGACUGUCGGCACUAUCGUGGCCCUCGGCGUCAUAUUUGCCAUCCAAUGGCUCGAGCACGGUCGUCUACGAAACCCCAACGGCGUUGCCUUGUUCUUCUGGCUCUUCCUCCUCAUCGCCUGUGUCGUCAAGCUCCGCUCCCUCGUCUCCCAGCAGCUCUACCACAAAAACCUGCCCUACUUCGUAACGUAUACCGUCGGCUUUGGUUUGUCCGUGGUGGAGUUCUUUGUGGAAUGGCUCUGGCCCACCGACCGCAACGAGUACGAGGCUCUGGUGGAAGAAGAGGAGUGUCCUAUCGAAUACGCCACCGUCUUCUCCCACCUGACCUUCUCCUGGAUGACGCCCCUGAUGCAGCUGGGCUACAAGCAGUAUCUGACAGACGAGGAUCUCUGGGGCUUGGCUCGCACGGACACGAGCAAGCACACGGGGGACGCCUUCAGCAAGGCCUGGGAUCACGAGUUGAAACAUCGCAAGAACCCUUCUCUCUGGAUUGCCAUGUUCCGCGCCUACGGCGGCCCCUACGCCGUUGCCGCCAUAUUCAAGCUGGGUAACGACAUUGCCCAGUACAUUCAACCCCAGCUGCUUCGGCUGCUCAUCAACUUUGUUGAUUCGUACCGCGAGGGCCAGGAGCCUCAACCUGUCAUCAAGGGUGCCGCCAUCGCCCUGACCAUGUUUGGCUGUGCCUGCUUCCAGACCGCCAUGGUUCACCAGUACUUCCAGCUGGCCUUCGUCACAGGCAUGCGCAUCAAGGGCGGUCUGGCCUCGGCCAUUUACAAGAAGUCGAUGAAACUGUCAAACGAGGGCCGGUCGUCCAAGACGACGGGAGACAUUGUCAACUACAUGGCUGUCGAUUCCCAGCGUCUCCAGGACCUGACACAGUUUGCCCAGCAAAUCUGGUCGGCACCUUUCCAGAUUACUAUAUGCAUGAUCUCUCUCUACCAGCUCGUUGGCUGGUCCAUGCUUGCCGGCAUAGGCGUCAUGGUCCUCAUGAUGCCGGCCCAUGGAUUCAUCGCGAGAAUUAUGAGGAAUCUGCAAAAGGAGCAGAUGAAGAACAAGGAUGCAAGGAGCCGACUGAUCACUGAAAUCAUCAACAACAUGAAGAGUAUCAAGUUGUAUGCUUGGGGAGGCGCAUUUAUGAACAAACUCAACUUCGUGCGGAAUGAGAAGGAACUUAAGAACCUGAGGAAGAUCGGUGCCACUCAGGCCUUCGCCAACUUCACCUGGAGCACAGCCCCUUUCUUCGUUUCCUGCUCGACUUUCGCCGUCUUCGUCCUCACCCAAGACCGUCCUCUGACUACCGACAUCGUCUUCCCUGCAUUAGCCCUCUUCAACCUACUCACAUUCCCCCUCGCGAUUUUGCCCAUGGUUAUCACGGCCAUUGUCGAGGCCAGCGUCGCUGUUGGCCGACUGACGUCUUUCCUGGACGCCGAGGAGAUUCAACCUGAUGCUGUCGUCAUUAAGCCUGCUCCCGAGCAGAUGGGAGAGGAGACUGUCGUGAUCCGAAACGGGACUUUCUCCUGGAACCGCCACGAGAAGAAGAAUGUCCUCAUGGACAUCGACUUCACUGCCUACAAGGGUGAGCUUUCCUGCAUUGUCGGUCGCGUCGGUGCCGGCAAGUCCUCGUUCCUACAGAGCAUUCUGGGCGACAUGUGGAAAGCCAGCGGCGAAGUGCAAGUCCACGGGACCGUGGCAUAUGUGGCCCAACAACCUUGGAUUUUGAACGCAACGGUGAAGGAGAACAUCGUAUUUGGAUAUCGAUACGACUCCAAUUUCUAUGAAAAGACAGUCAAGGCCUGUGCGCUUCUGGACGACUUCGCCCAACUACCCGACGGAGACGAGACCGUCGUAGGUGAGCGAGGCAUCUCGCUCAGCGGUGGUCAGAAGGCCCGAGUGGCCCUGGCCCGCGCUGUCUAUGCUAGGGCGGAUAUCUAUUUGCUGGACGACGUGCUCUCUGCCGUCGACUCGCAUGUGGGUAAACAUAUCAUUGAAAAUGUCCUCGGUCCUAGGGGCCUGUUGGGCUCCAAGACUCGGAUUCUCGCCACCAAUGCGAUCAAUGUUCUGGCCUCCGCGAGCUUCGUCACCAUGAUCCGCGAUGGGCAGGUUGUCGAGAGUGGAACCUACAAAGCAUUGACGGCUAAGAAGGGUCUCAUUGGCGAACUGAUAAAGACUGCCGGUCAGGAACAGUCCGCCGGGCCGUCAUCCAUCGCGAGCUCGAGCGCUUCGAGCAGUAAAUCGACUACUUUGACCGAAGGUCCCGCUGACACCCAGGAGAAGGAGGAGUUGGAGGAGGCACAGGAACGCGUGCCGGAAAUGGCGCCCAUCAAGACCGGUGCCUCUACCACGGACAAGAAGCGGUCGAACAGCGAUGCUACGCUCCGGCGCGCCAGCGCAGCUAGCUUCAGAGGACCCCGUGGGAAGCUCACAGAGGACGAAGUCACUGGAGGCCGGACCAGACAAUCUAAGGAGCAUUCGGAGCAAGGCAAGGUGAAAUGGGACGUCUAUCUUGAAUACGCCAAAAACAACAACGUCAUCGCUGUGGCCGUUUACCUGUUCACCCUCCUGGCUUCACAAACGGCCAAUAUCGGCGGCUCAGUCUGGCUCAAGGAGUGGGCGGAGCACAACCAAGAGGCCGGCUUCAAUUCCAACGUGGGCAUGUUUAUUGGCGUCUACUUUGCGUUCGGAAUCGGAUCGUCCCUUUUGACCGUCGUCCAGACCCUGGUUCUCUGGAUAUUCUGCUCCAUCGAGGCAUCGAGGAAGCUGCACGAGAGAAUGGCCAAUGCCAUCUUCCGGUCGCCAAUGUCGUUCUUUGACGUGACACCUGCGGGUCGGAUUCUGAAUCGCUUCUCCAGUGACAUCUACAAGGUAGACGAAGUGCUGGCCAGGACCUUCAACAUGCUCUUCGUCAACGCGGCUCGUUCCGGAUUCACGCUCGUCGUCAUUUCGGUCUCCACGCCGGCGUUCGUAGCGCUCAUCAUUCCGCUGGGCCUAAUGUACUACUGGAUCCAGCGGUACUACCUUCGGACGUCCCGCGAAUUAAAGAGGUUGGACAGCGUGAGCCGCAGCCCUAUCUACGCUCACUUCCAGGAGUCGCUCGGUGGCGUCUCGACGAUUCGGGCGUACCGACAGCAGCAGCGAUUCGAGCUUGAGAACGAGUGGCGUGUAGAUGCGAACCUCAAGGCGUACUUCCCGUCGAUCAGUUCCAAUCGUUGGCUGGCCAUCCGGCUCGAGUUCAUUGGCGCCAUUGUGAUUCUUGCGGCUGCCGGAUUUGCUAUCAUUUCCGUUGCCAAUCAUAGCGGCUUGAGCGCCGGUCUUGUCGGUCUCGCCAUGUCGUACGCACUGCAAAUCACGACGUCGCUUAACUGGAUCGUGCGGCAGACUGUGGAGGUCGAGACGAACAUCGUGUCCGUGGAGCGCGUCCUCGAAUAUGCGAGACUGCCGAGCGAAGCUCCGGAGGUCAUCAAGGGCAGCCGGCCGCCGGUUGCUUGGCCUGCGAACGGUACCGUCGAGUUCCAGAACUACAGCACGCGGUACCGCGAGGGCUUGGAUCUCGUGCUGAAGAACAUCAACCUGGACGUCAAGUCGCACGAAAAGAUUGGCGUCGUCGGUCGCACGGGCGCCGGCAAGUCGUCGUUGACCCUGGCACUCUUCCGGAUUAUUGAGCCCGUUACGGGACACAUCAACAUCGACCAGCUUAAUACGUCAUCUAUAGGGCUAUUGGACUUGCGGAGGAGACUCGCCAUUAUCCCGCAGGAUGCCGCCCUCUUUGAGGGCACCAUCCGUGACAAUCUGGACCCUGGCAACGUGCAUGAUGACACGGAGCUGUGGAGCGUUCUCGAACAUGCUCGUCUGAAAGACCACGUAACUACCAUGCAAGGCGGACUAGAAGCUAAGAUUGCUGAAGGAGGCUCGAACCUGUCCCAAGGCCAGCGACAGCUCGUAUCACUCGCCCGCGCCAUGCUCACGCCGUCCAACAUCCUCGUUCUGGACGAGGCCACGGCCGCCGUGGAUGUCGAGACGGACGCCAUGAUCCAGACGACUCUGCGCUCGCCUCUUUUCGCCAACCGUACCAUUAUUACGGUCGCGCACCGCAUCAACACCAUCCUGGACAGCGAUCGCGUUGUCGUCCUGGACAAGGGUGAGGUGGUCGAAUUCGACACGCCCCGCGAAUUGAUCAAGAAGCAAGGUGUAUUCUAUGGUCUCGUUAAGGGGGCGGGUCUCGAGACGGAGCUCUCAUGAUUGUCGAGCUUGGGGAAGCCUUGGUUGAUUUGAACGAGUCUCUCUGUCGUGGCGACAUGGCGGGUUGUAAAAAUGAGUUGACAUAAAAAGCGGUCCGAUGUUGUUGCCGUGCUUUUUUUUUGGUUGGAUACUCGGCAGCUUCUGCAUUGGCAAAACCAUGUAGAUAUAAAAGUGAACCCUGAAGCAGCAGCUAGAGGGCAGGAAAAUUGUAUAGCAUCUUUUUUUUUCUUUUUUUUCUUUCUUCUUCUUCUUCCUUUUCUUCCUCCUUACUUGUGCGCAAGGUCGAACAUUACCAGUCCAACCUCAACUCCGGCCUCAACAUCACCAGGGCCAGCAGGAAUGACAGUUGGAAUGUCAAGACCACCAAUGUACGGCGUAGUCCGCAACAAUCGCCGCUUGUUUCCCCGUAAACGUCAUGUUUAUCUAAACCCUGGGGUGGUAAUCGUCGUCGUCUUCGAUAACACAGGCA